UGACCAGCGGUGUCCUGGAGGCCCGGGGUUGUCCCCGUCGUCGCCCUCGUCGUGCACUACGUGAUUGUCGCUAUCACGGCCGAAUAUCUUCUUGAUUGUACCGCAGCUUGGGAUAAUGGCCUACCAUCGUGGGCCGCAGGCAUCGCUGGACUUGACGCACGUUCUCUACGAUGAUUCUUCCCUGCUCUCUCUUGGGCUUGCCCUAGUGACACUGAGCCCUAUUCUUCUUAUGCCAGCAUAUGCCUCGUUGGCAGUACAGACCCGGGAAUAUGUCAUUAUAGUAAUGUGGGCGGGGCAGUUUGCCUGCGAGGCUUUCAGUUGGUUGAUUAAACGGGCCGUAAAGGAGAAUAGACCUUCAGGCUCUGUCGGUAACGGAUACGGAUUUCCAUCCUCUCACAGUCAAUACAUGGGCUACUUUGCGACAUUUCUGAUCUGCCAUCUCUAUUUCCAACACCGAUUCGGGACAACUGGUUAUACCUUCCUCGAUUUUGCAUGGCGCCUCGUGGUCUAUUCUGCCAUUGGUGGUUGGGCUCUCCUUGUCGCGUACUCCAGAUAUGCCCUCGGAUACCAUAACGCCCAUCAGAUUUUGUGGGGUUUCGGCAUUGGCGUCCUCUUUGCCAUCAUCCUCUUUGUUGUUUCUCAGAUACUUCCGCGGCGACAACCAUCGUCAAUAUUCGGCAAAUUUAAAAUGUUCCUUCUGGUGAAUCCUGUGUCCACUUGGCUGCAAAUACGUGACGGCUGGGAUAUAUGGACGGAUGGGGGUCGCGAACACGAAUGGCUCCAAUGGAGAAAAGAGUGGGACUCCAAACGAACGCGACAUGAUAAAAAGCGGUCAUGAUUGUGUUUCC